AUGGUGGCGAUAAUUGAUGUGGAGGUUGUAAAAGGCUUAAGCUAUCCAAAUCCGUUAACUGAAUAUGAAGACUGACUUAGUCCUCUUGUGCUACGUCCGCUGGAUUAUGCUUGCUUGGAAUAUAAUGGAAUGCAAAUUUUGCUGUUCGUAUUUCCUCAAUGCGGUUUUACACGAACUUCGGUAGAAGCUGUAAUUGGUUUUUUAUCCAAUGUAGAACGCAUUUUGAAUCUGGCCACAGCGUUAUCUUUGCAUUUUCUAGCUCCAUUUGUUUGA